AUGUGCGAAUGUCGCUUGGGUCCACUGGACCUCAACAACGCUGAUCACAACUUCCUCACCCCCAGUCAAGACCAGACGAGCGCGUCUUGUGAUUUAGCUUUCAAAUUCAUCGAGAUCCAACAAUGCUGUCACUUGACUUUUCCCGAUCGAAAUAAUUAUAACGAGUUUCCACGACUCUGUCCUGUCCAUGGAUGCCUUUCCAAACCUUGCGUCGAGGAAGAAGCCUCCUGCAUGGAGAAAUGCCUUUUGCACUGUCAUUCUAAAUCGCCGCAUAAUUUAUACGCUAUCGAAAAUGGGCUCCCUAAAGCUACAGACAGUGUUGAAGACUAUCUGAAAUACAUUCAUGAUUGUGAUUUUGCCCAUUCAAGAUCAUCUUUGGGUAACCCUGGAUCUGCUACAGACCCAUUUGAAAAACGUGUUGGGGCACUUCAGGUUAAUUCUAUGGCUUCUCGUCCUAGGAGCCCUGUUUUUACAGCAACUUUCUCAUUUCGAUCACGCAGAGUGGGGGAAGCAGGACCGGCAAAGCCCACCUUUUUAGAAGGGGUCCGUUCCCAGGCCUACAAGUAUUGCCGCGAUCUUGGAUUAGUGGACGAAACUGCCCGACUGUUUGUUGCAGAAUUGCGACACACAUUCCCCGAGGGCUAUGUUGAACGACCCACAUGGCAGCAUGUGACUCUCUUCUUUCGGCCCAACACACUUGAACAUCUCAUGCUGAGAGCCUUCCCAGGAGAUAAGUACUUCGUCUGUGGAAUCCGAUACCAAGACUUUAAUAAUCCUGUUGAUCUACAUUUUGGAGACCAGGUUGUAGAGAUAAUGCCGAUCUGGAUGCAGGAACAAAUUAAGGACGCAUCUCAGCAACGAAGUCACUCAGAUAACGCAGACGGUUUCCAAGCCAUGAUUAUUCCCUCACCCUUCCUGAGAAAGAUAGAACUGCGAGUCUAUGAUUGCCCCAUUAUUAAUGAGUUUAAUAUAAAGAAGAGGACUCUGGAGAAUGCAAGAAGCAAUCGAGAUUUGGGCCUCGCGAUACACCGCGGCCGGGUUGUUUACAUAGAUAAAGCUUCACCCGCAAAGAUUUCCGGGUUGGAGCCAGAUUAUCAGAUUGUCGAAGUGGCUGGUGAGUCAGUGUUGGAGUACGAUGAUUCCCAUAUCAUACGACUAAUUCGAACUGCAAUUCGAAGGAGUUUGACAAGAGCGGUGGAAUUGGCGGUGAUUCCAUCACAAUUCUAUGAUGUACUCAUGGACCCUCGGAGAGGAGAAGUUUAUACUCUUGUUCGUGAUGCUGAAUUCGAUGUGAAUGCGUGGAGUGACAACAAGGUCUUCGGUGUGAGGUAA